AUGAGUUGUCGACGUGUCGCGCAAAGUGAAAAUAGACAGAGCUCUGGACUCGACCAGGCGGUACUGGCGGAUGGUAACGUCGCGAGCCUUAAUAAUGGCGAGGCAAGGUCGGUGCCGAUGGAUUCCAAGAUGUCAAAAGAGACAAAGCUCGGCGAAGCUAGCGCCGGUCUACUUCAUGCCCUGACGCCUGAAGGUUCGGGAAGACUAGACGAAGACUGGCGACGAGUCGUUGGUGUCUUGUUUGAUACCAGGAAGAUCCUGGAUGGAGCAUGCACCACGAUGUCCAACAUUACAAGCCGGUCCCUGCGCGAUCUGCUUGGGCAAUGA